AGUGCCUACAACAUCAAACAGUUCCUUGAUACAAUACACAACGCCCCGACAGAGAUCAUCCGCUUAAGAGGUGUUAUCUCGCAACUCCAGUUGAUAGCUGAGAGUAUCAAGGCCGUUCUUGAACGCCAAAAGCAAUCACAAUGUCGAAACAGCCAUAUAUGUAACAACAUAUAUCAUGAAUUAAAAACAUGCCAAAGCAAACUUAAUUUGAUCGAGGACGUCUUACAAAUAGCUAAAAAGGUGGAAAAUGGACAAAACACCUUGUCACGAAGUUGGGCACAGUUCCGGCUAGCGUGUAGAAAAGAGAAAAUCGAGGAAUUCGAAAAACAACUCGAGCGGGCGAUCUCCUUUCUCAAUGUGAACCUCCUGUUGAAUUUAAUAGAUUCAAAUACUACACUAGGCCUCGAAUUCGGAUCUUUUGCGCAGGAACUUUCAACGCGCCAAGAACACUCACCAAUAAAGAAUUGCCGUCCAUAUAGUUCACGCGAUCAAGGAACAGUUGAUACUCAACUGGUUACUCCACUGGUACCUAGUUUAUCAAGGGCCUCAGUUCACAGGACAUGGUCGAAUGAUAACCUCUUCCAAAUACAAUGCUAUAAAACCCGUGGCAAACAUAAGAAGCAUUCUGUUCUACUUCGAGUGAGGAUCUCAAGAUCCUACAUGAUUAUCAUGCAGUUAUCUGGACCCCUUUUUGGUGUGGAAUAUUCAGUACCCUUCAACAUAUCGAUACGAAACAUAAUUCCGGCCAAUGCAGCAAUACUAAGGGCAUGCAAGAUGGGAGAUAGCGAGCAGCUCAGGCUACUCUUUAAAAAGGGGUCGGCAAGACCGAAUGAUAUGACACCGGAUAAUCAUACGCUGCUUGGUGUUGCAAUAAAAGAGGGCCAUGAAGAAGUUGUCCAGUUUCUUCUUCGAGAAGGUGCCGACCCAAAUCUGCCCUACGGGAAUUUCCAAGUUUCCCCACUACAGCUUGGAAUUCAUUUCGAAAAGCCGAGUAUCGUCUGCAUCCUUAUUCGACAGGGAGCCGAUCCUUAUUACAGCGCAACACAGAAAUGGUCAUUACUUCAUUACUUGUUCGGUCCGGGGAAGUCUAUGGCUAGCGCCAAGUACUUCCCGAUAUUGAGGGAUUGCUUAUUGUUUGAUGACAUUAAGGACAAAGAGGGUUGGACCGCGCUACACCGAUGCGCGGCGUUCGGUACAGGGGAAGAUGUUCGAUUCCUACAUCUUUUAGGAGCGUCAGCAUACUCUAACCGGUACACCACGAGGAGGGGAUGGAGUCCUAUCCACGUAGCAGCUUUAAUGAACAACGUCUCCACUCUAGAAGCGCUCUCUAAUCUGCAAACGGAUCGGCUACCAACACGGAUGCUACCAGAAGAGGAUGCCGGCGGUCUCGACGCUGUCGAUAUCUACGGCUGGACUCCGCUACAUCUUGCUACUCAUAGAGGCUCAUCAGACACAAUGGAAUGGCUACUUCGGAACGGCGCUGACCCGCACCGUACAACUUACGGCACAGCCGACUGGUUUCCCGAAGGUCGCGAAGGAGAAGCCUUGCAAGUUGCGGAUCUAGUAAUGCUAUCAAAGGAGAAUUGUCUUGAACUAUUCCUCAAAACCCUGAGAGAUAUAGGGUAUGAUAUCACGAUAGAUGGGGAUGAUAUCUAUUGGCCACCUCACUAUGCGUGACCAACGCGAGGAUCCUUCGCCUCUCGUUAACGCUAGCCCGCCGAACGCCGACCUCGACCAUUGCUACGACGAGACUUGUGGCUCCCGGCAGCCCUGUCCCG